UAAAUUGGCCCCCAAUGGCUGUGCACCCUAUAAUCAAUGCUCGUAUUCAUUAUCAGUCAGCCCACGCUAUCCGUUACCUCAUCAUUCUCCCAACUUCAACCUAAUCCUCAUUAUUUCCGCAUUGCUCUUCAAGUACUACAACAUGACUACGGACCUAGAAUUCCCCCGAUCCCAAGCCCUACGAUACAUCUCAGCCUCUCAUUUCCACCGACUUUUCAAACAUGGCGACCUCACAAUCAGCUACGCAGAUAUCGGCGUCCCUUCCGACACCACAAUCUUGUUCAUGCCUGGCAUGUUCGCAUCGCGAUAUCUCGCUGUAUCGAUGCACGCGGUCGCUGAGAAUUUAGGUGUACGGGUGUUGAUUGUUGAUCGACCUGCAAUGGGCGCCUCAACGCCCGUUCCGCUUGAAAAGCGAGUUCCUGUCUGGAUCGACCUCGUCCCACGACUUCUCGCCCAUCUAAACAUCCCCCACGUCGCGUUGGCAUCGCAUAGUGCGGGCAUGAUAUAUCUUCUCAACACGCUGUUCCACUGUCGCGAGCUUCUCCAUCCUGAGAGGCCGUAUGCUGCGUUUUUAGGUACAUAUCCCUUUCGCGCCCUAACUAAUUAGCCACGGAUGGUUCGGAUAUUGCGAUGACCAUCCAAAUUACAUUUAGUUAGAUGUAUGCGUUGGCUAACGAGAAACUAAACAACAAGCCCCCUGGGUAAAUCCAACCCACAGCCGCAUCACAAGCAUGCAAAUGGCCCAAUUCCUCCCAGCCCGGGCCUUCAGCAUCUGGAACCAAAUCCCGAAGUUCCUGCUCCUGACCGCUACCCCGGUGCUCGAGAGUAGCGGGACGAUCGUGAACAAGGUCUCGUCGGUGAGCGGGACAGCACCGAGCGGUGCCAGCUCUGCACAGGCAGAGAGGAACCGAGGCCGUGUGGAAUCGGAGCAUGGGUUGUCGAAAGAGGUGCAGAGGGAGUUGGAGCCGUUGACGUGGCGGUUUAUGUUUGAGGAGAGCACGCAGGGGGCGAAUGAUGAGGCUUUGCAGUGUCUUUGUAAGGGGCCGGUUGGGUCUUGGGGGGUUUGUGAGGAUUAUGGGGGUUAUGUGGCGGAGGUGGUGGGGAGAGAAAGAGAGAGAAGGGGGAUGGAUGGUGAGCAUGCAGGAGGGAGGUUGGUGGUGAGAGGGUAUUUUGCGGAGAGUGAUACUAUGAUAGGGGAGAAGGGGAGAAGAUAUGUAGAGGGGUGUUGGAGGGGCCAGGGAGGUGGUUAUACCGACAGCAACAGUGGUGGGUUUGAGGAUGUGGUGGAUUUCGAGACGGCGGUGAUCCCAGGAACGGAUCACAAUACUGUUUCUCAGGAGACAGGGCUCUUGGAACGGAUAUUUCUUGAGGCUGGGGGGCGUUGGUCCGCUGGUGAUAAUAGACAAUGA